AUGACGAUGAUAUUUUCUUUCGUAAUAGUUGCUACAUGGGUUUUUGCCGUUCAAUGUGUAAUCACUCGAACUCCGAGUGGUGAUAUCCUUGGUUUCACAUCUGAUGGAGUCGAUAUUUACUUGGGCAUUCGUUAUGCAGAAUUUUCGGAGCGCUGGACACCAGCUAAACUACCUUCUUCGUGGACAGGAAUACAAAAUGCAACAACGUUUGGUUCGAUCUGCCACCAGUUUGGUCCCUACAAUCAACCAUUUCAGUUUAAAGAAAGUGAACAUUGUCUCUUUUUAAAUUUGUGGGUACCGACUACAAGAAAUGCGUCGCUAUUACCAGUACGUUUAUGGUUACAUGGUGGCGGUUAUACUGCUGGUAGCAGUAAUGAUUAUGACGCUCGAAAUCUUGCUAAUCUUUCUCAAUCAAUUAUUGUCACAAUCAAUUAUCGUCUUGGUAUAUUUGGUUUUUUUCCAUUACCAGCUGUUGAAGAAAGAAAUUUCGGUUGGCUUGAUCAACAAUUAGCUUUACAAUGGGUUCAAGAGAAUAUUGCAUCAUUCGGUGGUGACAAAACGAACGUUAUGUUAUUCGGUCAAUCAGCCGGUGGUGGUUCUACUAUUGCACAUUUACUGAUACAAUCGAGUUGGUCACUCUAUUCGUCAGCUAUUCUACAAUCAAGUGGACCUUUUCGCUAUGACACUUGUCAAGAAAGAGAACAGAUAAAUUUAGAACUACUCGAAAAAUCUUUUUCCGAAUGUCAAUCGAAUAUUAAUUGUUUUCGUCAAUUAAACGCAUCACUAUUCUAUGAAAAACUUACAGUGAACUGGAUAACAUUAUGGCCUUGUAUUGGUGAACGUUCACAACUCAAGGAACAACCGUUAGCAUUAUUUCGAAAAGGUGAUUUCAAUAAGAAAGCAUCAAUCAUAGGUGGUAUGAAUACAAAUGAAGAAGAAUUUUAA